AUACUGUAACGGUUUGCUAAAAUUUAGUGUUGAAAAUGCAUCUGGCUGUACUACGGCGAAUGUUUAUUUGUUACGCAUGAUAAACUGUAUUCCCUAGACCUGUAUACCAGGUCAUUCAGAUUGCUAAAUUGUUGUUCAACGGUGUUUGUGACCUCCAACUUAUAGCCGGUAUGUUUGGUGGCUACUAGCUACUACUCGUGGUAAUGUACGAAUUAGCAGACCACCAGCGUUAGCUACUUUGAAGUUGCAUGUCAACAUACGCACAUCUCUGCGUCGGACGUCAUUGUCAGACGCGGUGUCACAAGCACCGAAUCAGGAAGCCAGGUUUUGAUCUUAUUUUAGAGAAAGUCAGGAUGGCUGCUGAGCACACAGAGAAAGACCCGGCCAAUCAGAAGCUGCAGUUUGCUCCUUUCUGUAGUGCCCUUGAAGCAGGCUUCUGGCAUCAGCUGACUCAGAAGAAGUUGAAUGACUACAGGUUAGAUGAGAGUCCAAAAAGCAUUAAAGGCUAUUACUAUAAUGGUGAUCCGGUUGGUCUUCCUACUCGCCUGACCUUGGAGUUCAGUGCAUUUGAUGUAACUGGACCAACUCCUGCCCGGUGCUGUCCAGCAUUUGGUACACUUUACAACACUAACACACUUGAAGCCUUCAAGUCUUGUGACAAGAAAGCACUGCUAGAAAAAGAAGCAAAUGAGAUAUGGGAAACAAUGAAGUCCGAGACGGUUUUAGAAAACCCAUCUCUCCUCAGCAAAUUUCUGUUGUUGACUUUUGCAGAUUUGAAGAAAUACCGCUUCUACUACUGGUUCUGUUUCCCAGCCCUGUGCUUCACUGAGGGCAUUCAGAUCAUCACGCAGCCAGUCCCUCUGGAGGAGAAAUUCUCUCCAAAGCAGAUCAUGGCUUUGCAAGGUGCCUAUGAUAAUCUUUGUAAUGAAAGUGGGACUACAGCGGUUCCUUACUUUCUAAUAAAGUACACAGAGGAGGACGUGGUGGUGUCUUCGCUUAGAUGCUGGAAUAACUUUUUCAAAGGCCAAAAGAAGGUCUGUGUGGGAAUCUAUGACCCCUGCACUCUGUCCCAACAUCCUGGAUGGCCUCUGAGAAAUCUGCUUAUUCUCAUCUCCACCAAGUGGGGCACCAUGCUGGACUCGGUGGAGGUUCUGUGCUUCAGGGACCGCACUCUGCAGGGAAAGCGGUCUGUUCAGCACAGCAUCAUUUUCCAGGUCCAGCUCCCGGAGCUCUCUCCCAGUGCAGGUUGUCCAAAGAGUGUGGGCUGGGAAAAGAACCAGAAGGGCACGAUGGGGCCGAGAAUGGUAAACCUCAGUGAGUGCAUGGACCCAAAAAGGUUGGCGGAAUCGUCAGUGGACCUGAACCUGAAGCUGAUGCGCUGGAGACUGGUCCCGUCCCUCGAUCUGGAAAAGGUCGUUUCCAUCAAGUGUCUGUUACUGGGAGCUGGUACCCUAGGCUGCAAUGUUGCAAGGACUUUAAUGGGCUGGGGAGUGAGGCACAUAACUUUCGUGGACAAUGCCAAGAUCUCCUACUCGAACCCAGUGCGUCAGCCACUGUAUGAAUUUGAGGACUGCCUGAAUGGGGGGAAGUCAAAGGCCCUCGCUGCAGUGGAGAGGCUGAAAAAAAUCUUCCCUGGAGUGAAUGCAGAGGGAUACAACAUGAGCAUCCCCAUGCCGGGACACCCGGUGAACUUCUCGGAGGUGACGAUGUCGCAGGCGCGCCGGGACGUGGAGCAGCUGGAGGCGCUCAUCUCCGCCCACGAUGUGAUCUUUCUGCUGAUGGACACGCGUGAAAGCCGCUGGCUCCCCACUGUCAUGGCGGCCAGCCAGAGGAAGCUCAUUAUCAACGCAGCGCUCGGGUUUGACACCUUUGUUGUGAUGAGGCAUGGGCUCAAGAAACCCAAACACUCAGAGUCUGGGGGAUCCACCCCCUCCUCCUCAGCCUCCACUCCUGCCUCGGCGUCCUCCUCCUCUUCUACCCCGGGGCCUGCGCUCGUCCCAGGAGCCUCUCUGUUCUCCAACAUCCCUGGACACCGGCUGGGCUGCUACUUCUGCAAUGAUGUAGUGGCCCCGGGAGACUCUACAAGGGAUCGGACUCUGGACCAGCAGUGUACUGUGAGCCGGCCUGGUCUGGCUAUGAUAGCUGGAGCUCUCGCUGUAGAGCUGAUGGUGUCAAUCCUGCAGCACCCCGAAGGAGGCUACGCCGUCGCCAGCAGCAGCGAUGACAGGAUGAAUGAACCUCCAACCUCGCUGGGCCUUGUGCCCCAUCAGAUUCGAGGAUUUUUGUCAAGAUUCGACAAUGUUCUUCCUGCAAGUCUGGCUUUUGACAAAUGCACUGCUUGCUCACCAAUAGUACUGGAUCACUAUGAGCGAGAGGGCUUCCAGUUCUUGUCCAAAGUCUUCAACUCCUCCCAUUCCUUCCUGGAGGACCUGACUGGUCUGACCCUCCUACACCAGGAGACUCAGGCAGCGGAGAUCUGGGACAUGAGUGACGACGAAAGCGUCUGAGGACACGGACACUGCAGAGAAACGAGUAACACGUGCUUUGCUUCUUGGACUGGUACAAUACUGUAUCCCAAGCAAACAGAGUGUACGACACUCAACAGAGUGUCAGAAUCAAAGUCACUCUCCAGCUUUCGGACCUUAUUGACCGAGCCUUCCCUCUAUGCGCUACUGUAUCUGCAUAUUAAUGAAUGUUUGCAUACAUUUUUAACAAACAUUACAUAUGUUGAAUGAAGGAUGCACAAGUACAGAUAAGUAAUCGU